UGAAAAAAACAAAAACAGUCUCGAUUGUUAUGAUAAGCCUUUUAACCCUUGCAGAUAAUCGUUGUUACCUAACGAAUGGCGGCUCCUCUGAGACGUUCACGGUAAAUGAAGAGCUUCCUGUUGAUUAUGUUCUUGGGAAACUACAGGUUGGUGGAAAUGCUGGUAAAGACGGUGACAUAGUGUUAUCUCUGGAUGAUGACAACCUUCCUAUAUCUAUUGAACCUUACACUAAAAAUCUUGUCCUCAGACAGAGGCUAGACAAGGAAGGAGUGGAUGGAGUCCAGAGUCUAAGCGUAGACGUCAGUUGCUCAAAAGUGGGGAAAAAUGACCCGAGUAUUACCAUCCCAGUUCGGAUCAUUGUCACGGAUGCCAAUGAUAACGUUCCAAAAUUUGUAGGAACCCCCUACAGUCUAAAUCUUAGCGAGGUAACAGUGGUGGGGACUGUGGUAAUGCAAAACAUCAAAGCUAUUGAUGUUGAUCAAGCUGGUCCUUUCAGCACUGUGGAAUAUUAUGUGAAACGUGGACCCUAUUCGCAUAUUUUGGCUUUCGAUAACCGCUUGGAAGGUCACCUAGUGUUAACUGCUCCACUAGACUUCGAGACCCUCCCCAAAUUUUCAAUAACAAUAAAAGCACAGGACCAAGGAGAUCCUCCAAAGAGUGCCUUCACGACUUUGACGGUACACGUUCUGGAUGCCGACGAUCAGAAUCCACAGUUUCAAGCAGACAAGUACACCACCGUACUGCCAGAAAAUAUCCGUACUGGUACGCAGUUAACAAUAUUACCAAGUCAAAUUCGAGCUGAAGACCCGGAUGUUGGUAUAACGGCUCCGAUUGAGUACUAUUUUAACUCUAAUUCUGAAGAAUAUUCCUAUUUCGAACUUGAUCGAAACUCUGGAAAAGUUAGCAUCAAAAGACCUCUACCACAAAACUUACCUCUGCCCUUGACUCUAGUGAUUCGAGCCACACAAGUGGACAACAAGGAUAGGUAUUCUCUGACCACUUUGACAGUCACAACUAAUCGGCCAAUUCCAACGGUUCUCAAAUUUUUACAGACCGCUUAUGUCACGACAGUUUUAGAAAGUACUCCCCCUGGUGCAGUCAUCUUGACUAUCCAAACUUCAAAAUCUACAGAUACGAAUGUUCGAUUUCAGCUGUUAGAUGAUCCAGAUGAACAAUUUGCUGUAAGAAACACUGGUGAGGUCAUUAUUGCAAAGCCUUUGGACUUUGAAAAUCAACAACAGUUUGCUCUUCGUGUGAUGGCUUCAGAUGGUCGUCAGAGUGACGUGGCUUUACUGAAUAUUACUGUUAUGAACGUUAAUGAUAACGAUCCUGUCUUUAUGGAGUCACAGUAUACAUUUUUAGUGAAAGAUUCAGAGAUUCGGAUUGGAACAUUGGUAGGGAAAGUAGAGGUUAGGGAUGGUGAUAUUGGUGACACAGUGGACUUAAGUAUCAAGGGACCAUUUUCCAAGGUUUUUGCUGUUUCUAAUCGAGGGGAGCUUCGAAUUCGAAAUCUAGAGUUUCUCAACACUAGUGUCUGUCACGUGUUUAUCGUAGCCACAGAUAAUGGAGUCCCUCCACGCCAGACCAGUGUUCCUGUAACUGUUCAGUUUCCUGAAAAUAUGCUGUUAGGAAGUGUAAUGAAACCCAAUAGAAAAGAUAACCCCUUUGUACUGAUGGUUGUUUUUGGUGUCUUACUGGGAACACUGCUUGUAGUAAUUGUCACUCUCACGAUCUAUAUUUUGAAAAAUAAACAGUAUCGUGAUAGACUGCCAACCAUUAUGACUUCCAACGGUCAACCUCCCAUUAAUAAAAUGUCCAGUUAUAUGACCACCGUCCAUCCAAGUAGAAAACCUCCAGAACAGCCCCAGUCCCAAACAAAUCCUGUUGGUGUGGAAAAUCCCAUCUUUAAAAUGUCUAACCUAAGGGAAGCAGAGGCUACAGAUGCUGCUAUACCAACAGAUCAUCAUUCUGUGAAGACAAGCCAAAGACAAGAGAGUGGCUCUAGAGGUCCACUCACUCACGCAGGGCAUCGUCAAUCUAGUCACGAGACGAGAGGGGAAACUUCGCAGGAAAACGUCGCCAAUGGUCAUGUCAGAAAUGUAGUAAAGAAUCCCAAUCAUAGUAAAAUUCACAACAUUCAUUGGCCAAAUGGAUCCAUUCCUCGAAGAGUAAAGAAACUAAGUUGGGAGGACGAGAGAACUAACAUGACGGAACUCGACCCAGACGUUAGCGUAACACCUUUACCCAAGUCAUCACAGUCAGAUGGGCGCCCGGAUCUGACCAUGUACUUCUGAUCCAAGUGGAUGAAUAUUUAUCCGAACGUUAGCUAAAUACAUUAUUGUUGUAUUGUACUGGUAUAAAACUUUGAGUCAAUGCCAUCGUACAGUUUUUUGUUUCUCUAAUGAGUAACAUCAUAACUAGGUUGUUUAUGCGGUUAAGUAAUUCCAGCUGUCCAUCUUUUAAUGGGAUCGCAUUUGUAAAAACUUGUAACCUUGAUAAUAUUGAACAGAGUUGUAAUAUUACAGUUGUGUACAAUUUGAAAUCAAUGAAAGUGCAUAUAUUUGUAGAGAAUAACUUUAACUCUGUUUAUAAAACGUCACAACUUAAUCCUAGGGAAUUUAAUGAAUCACUUUUGACCCGAUCCAAAUCUUGAUUUAGAAUAACAUUUACUGCUUUUAUGUAGCCUAAUAAUCAGAUUUAGUUUAUGCUUAAUUAUGAUAAACAAACAACAACGCUAUUUCAAAAGAUGCUAUUAAGAUAUAAAUAAAUUAAAUGAAUUGCAUUUGUAAAGAAAAUGAACAUAUCAUAAAAAUGUAAAUUUCUUGGUUUGGGUGAUGUUUGUUAACUCUUUUUUUUCGUUUCUUUGAACAAUAAGUGCCAACACCACUUGUUCUCAAGCUAAAAAUACAAAUACAGUCGCUUAAUUUUCGUCCGUUUGUAUCUGUACUACUUACUUCACUAUACUUGUAAAAAGUGUCAUGAACAGCUCAAGUUAUUUAUCAUAUUUCUAUAAAAGUAUAUCUGUAAAAAUAUUUAAAGGAUCAAACUUGUAGAUAUUUUUGGUGAAGUGAAUGUGUUUGAAUACAUGUUAUUUUUGAAAAUCUCAUAAUUGUCGAACUUCGUGGCAUUUAAUUACUAAAAACUUCUUUCUUGUUAGGCUGCUACAUUGAAUAAUAUAUCUAGUAGUUAGUUUUAACUGCUAUUGAUUUCCCGAGAUCAAACGUUUGGUUUGAAUUUGUCUUCACAUGUUCUUACCCAUUUACUUUGUUUAUGGUUAUGUGUCACUGAGAUGAAAUGUAAGUUGAUGCACAUUCAACCGCACUUGAAAUCGGAGUACUCGAACCAUGAUUAUAGGAAACACCUGUAUCCAUUUUAUCUAUAUGGGAAAGAAAUGCUCAAAUUUAUAUACUGUACUUGGAAGGUUAAUUUUUGAACUGUUAGCUCUAGAAUUCCCAAAUGGAUCCUGGACUUGAUGGGAUCGUUAAACAUGUUUUUCUAAACUGUUUUGUGGGUCCAUGACAUUUUUUGAUCAAAAAGUCCCCAAUAACAGUAAAAAGUUACAUAAAAGUAUUGUCAAUGUUAUAGUUAAUUCCAUCAUUUAAUGCAUGGGGUCUUUAUGUAUUUUACAUAAAAAUGUGUAAUUUCAUCAAAUUCUUUGAUCAGUCUCUCACAGAGAUUCUUGUAAUAAAGAGAAACAUAUAAUUAUAUAUAUAUUAAUAUGAUACGUUAUGUGGAUCCCACCAAUAAUGAACGGCAUUUUAAAAAAGUCAGUGAUUCGAAGAUUAUAAUUACUAAGAAAAGGAGAUAUAAAAAUUCGCAGAAAUAUUUUUAAGAUUGCAUUUAGAUUUUCUGAGUGCUUCCUGGACAUUCUCAUAUCCUUAAGAUCCAAAAGGAACAAAAAUAGAGCACAUUUUAUACAAGGUUUGUCAAGAAUAAACGUAAUUAUGUUUAAUAAAACUUCUAGAAGCACAUCUGAUUUGCUACAUGGAAGUUUUCAUAGCUUGAUCAACGAUUUUUUCAGUAAGUUAGUUUCUCUGAAAUACAUAAUUUUUGUUGUAAUUGGUGAUAUAUAAUAAUUGAUAACUAAUCUGAAACCAUAUCUAAUGUCAAGUUUUUGUAUAGUUAUGUUGCUGUGAAAUUAUAUGAUUUAACGGAUAUUUAAUGUAUAUUAAAAAACCUGAAACCAAAACUUGUUCGAAAAU